AAUUUUUUUGUUUUUCUAUCUUAUAUCGGUAAAAAAUUAAAAAAUAGUCUAGUUCAUGAUUUUUAAGGUUAUUUAUUUAGAACCUUUAUAUAUUCUCUAAUUCCUGCGACAUAAUUUGAGUACAAUAAUCGGUUGUAAAAAUCGGCAUUAAAAUAUUUAGGAUUUUUUAACUGUAUUUAAAAAAAUGAAUGAUGGAGAUUGGAUUUGUUCAGAUUCUCAGUGUAGCAAUGUUAAUUUUGCAAGAAGAACAACCUGUAAUAGAUGUGGAAAAGAAAAAGCAGCCAUACCACAGAGAAAAAAAUUAGGACAUGAGAUAGGCAAAGCAGCUGCUGAGAAGAGUCGUGGUCUAUUUAGUGCUGAUGACUGGCAAUGUGGAAGGUGUGGAAAUGUAAAUUGGGCCAGACGGCAACAGUGUAAUAUGUGUAAUGCCCCCAAGUUUGGUGAAGUAGAAGAAAGAACUGGUCUAGGUGGUGGCUAUAAUGAACGAGAGAAUGUUGAAUACAUAGAAAGAGAAGAAUCAGAUGGUGAAUAUGAUGAGUUUGGACGCAAAAAGAAAAAAUAUCGUGGGAAUGAUGAGAAACCUAUUAAAACAAAACCUCAUAUAAAUGAAGUAAAAGAAAAAGAAGUAAAAAUAACACUAGAGGAAGAGGAGGAAGAUGACGAGGAUGAUGAAGACGGUGAUCUUUCAAAGUACGACCUCUCUGGGUGGGGAGACGAUGAAGAGGAUGAAAAAACUUCCAAAAAUGAUAAAAAGUCAGAAUCACGUUCACAUUCUUCUGCAUCAUCUAGCUCUGACUCUUCCCGGUCAAGGUCUUCGAGUAGCUCAUCUCGCUCCUCAAAAUCUUCUCAUUCUAGUUCAGACUCCGAAAGGACAAAUUCCAAAAAUAAACGUCAUCACUCCAGGUCCAG